AUGACCCUCCGCUUGGCCCGCUUGUGCCGUCUCCCGCUGCGAUCGUGGCGAGCCAUGAGCGCUCCCUCCAACUUCAACAGCGUUUCCUCUACAUCCACGUCUUUUUCCAGCUCUCACCGCCCCUCGGAGGGCUCAGGAAUCGCUGAAAACCCUUUGGCGACGAAAGUCCGACGGCACCAGAGCCAUUUACCAGGCGAGCAGCCGCUCCCAGACGCUAAUAAGGAGUCGCAGAGCGGUGGAGAUGACGACCGAGGAGGCCCCAGGACGCUGGACCAGCUGCAGCUGCGGGUUCUGUCCAAGGACGAGCACUUUGUGGUGCUCAACAAGGGGCCGGACGAGCGGAUGGACGGCGAGUUCGACGUGACGCUCGAGAAGGCGCUGGCGAGGGAUUUCCCGGACGUCCCCAAAUUCCGGUGGAUCCACCAACUUGACUUUGCAACGUCGGGUGUUUUGGUUGUGGGAGCUACGAAAGAAGCUACGGCGACGGGCUGUAGGCUUUUCCGCGAGAAGCAGGUGCAGAAGGAGUAUCUAGCGGUGGUGCGGGGCCACCUGCCGUUCAACCCGGCGGAUAGCGUCGACAGAUCGGGUGUGCCUGCCAAGGCCUGCACCUUUUCGAAGCUGGGAUUGUUGAUUCAAGACAUGGAGGAGAUGGAGCGGCUCAGGAAUCAGCAGCGCGGAACGAGGACUCACCAGAAAAUGGCCGAUUACCCGCGAGGAGCUCGUCAUGGGCCAAAUCUGUUCACAAUGGAGCAAGCACGCUUGCUGCGUGAAAGCCAAGGUGGCCCCAGAGGGGAGUUGGCAUUCACGAAGAUGACGUGGCACGACUUGACCCAAGAGGAGAAGGACGCUUACACCGAAAAGGCCAAGGAAGACAAGCAGCGGUUCCUGCGUGAGUUCAGCGAAUUUCUUAGCAACGAAAAGGUUCGGCUCGCUCGCAAGCGCAAAUACGAGUGUCUCGAUCCUGACAACAGCGAGGAAAAGAAUGAGCCCGUUGCGUACAUCUUCGACGCGCCGAUCAUCGAGCCUCAUCGGAGUACCGGAGUUUUUCGAAUGCAGGUGUGUACUGACACCAACACCACAGCGAAGCAGUCCACCACGAUCGCGUUUGUAUUGGGUCACGCAACGUACAAGGGCGACCCAGUUACCAAGGUGCUGCUACGCCCUCUGAAUGGCCGUAGACACCAGCUGCGACUUCAUUGUGCGCACCACGGCUUUCCGAUCGCGGGUGACUUAAGGAGAUAG